UAUAGUUUGACGUCGGACAGUUAAGUCUGUCGGGCAACAGCGGAAGGGCGAAGUUGUUGAGGCUCAAUAAUGAUAUUGUUAUAUGUGGUUGUUUAUGUAAUUUAAUUAAGGAAUAUGUGGGUUGCCAGGCGAUUCCUCUCGUCAGUCGCUCAAAGAAGUCGUUAUGCAGGACGGUCCAGUUUGUUCUGUCGCCCUCAGCACGCCUCCCUUCCUGAGCUGGAGCUGCGGUACCUCCAGUGCACGUGCUGCUGGCGUAGCAGGGUCCCCGUGGCAGGCUUUGAGACCCUGGAAACCACUUUCUCCUCCUCCAGCUCAGAUCCCUGCAAAGAAGACAGCAGACCUCUGGAUGCGUGCUACACCUCCGAGCAACGAGAAACCAUCCUCCACCUGCUUAACAACGCCUCGCUGGCAGAGCUGGCCGUCGUCAAGCUGCUUAGAGGCCGCAAGUCGCUCAACAUUGUGGAGUACAGAACUCAAAACGGACCCUUUAAAACUCUGGAGAGUGUGGUGAAUGUACCUUUGCUGAAGCACAAAAGCGCAGUCACUGUGUUCAACUCCAUCCUCAGCCCGGUGAAGAAGGAGAAGAAAGUCAGGAUUCAGCUGGCCAAGUUUAUCAGGCCAGAGGUUGACAGGUCCUGGUUGGAGGAUGCCAAUGCAGUUGUGUCUAUAGUAUGUGGCACUAAUAAAAUUGCCUGGGCUCAUGUUGACCGAGGAAUGACUGUACUGGACUGGCAGCAGCUUGGGUGUCCAAAUUUCUUAAGGGGGACAUACAUGGCCUCUGCUUACUUGAAUGACGUUUCUUCAGUUGUGACACUCCUCCCAUCAGCAGACUUCUACAUAAUAGAGAAAUCCUCCCUCUCAGUCCAGAAUACUGCACUGUUCCCCAUCAUGGCCCACAUGAGGACUGUCGAGGCCAUGUUGUUUACUCUGCUGGAGCCCAGAAACACACCACAAGACUCCAACAUUCCUCCCAGAGUUUUGAACAUGAUGCGUACCGCUGUCGGGCGUCACUUUGGACUCAUGGUGGGCGAGUCGAGGACCAGCGGGGCACAGAUGGUGAGUCAGCUGAUGACUGAGUCAGUGACACAGAAGCUUCCCAGGAUAAACAUCCCCUCUGAGCUGCUGAUGAAGUACAGGAAUGCCUUCCAGUUGGGCAGCAGGAGGGGAGGGGAGGAACUCUGUGACGCCCUACUGCAGGCUGUGGCUUUCUACGAGCUGCUCAGUCAAUCAUCCAGCUAGCCCCCCACAUCGACCGAUCUGCACCUCGACAAACCUCUUGAAUGGAACUCUGAGCCCAUUUGGAUUUUUACCCCCUUGAACAGAUUUGGUGGUGGUGGUGGUUCAUUGAAUUUGUACUGUUACAAAACAACCUCAUACCUGUUUUAAUUUGGGAUGCUGUGUACGGGUCUUUAUGUCUGCUGUAACAAAUAUUCACUACAGGCAGUUGUAUAAAGCAGUAACUUGUGUUUGUGAUAAAAAGAACCCUCUUGGCCCUUUUUAAAGGAUCCUGAAAAAUGCAAAUACUUAAAUUAAAAAGUGCAAAAAAAUA